AUGAGUAACGCAAAAGUCGUAUCUGAAAAUUAUUCAUCAGACAAAAAAUUGGAGUUAGAACAACUCGACCCACUUCUUGAAGUAAAUGAGAAUGUAACUAGCGAAAUAUUUGAUCGUCCUAAUGAAGAAUUUCAAUUUGAAGAAAUAUCUUCAAAAAUUUUUAGCUUGAAAGAUGUAACAGAACCAUUGACUAUAGAAUCGUUAAAUAAUGUAAUAUAUGAACUUGGUGUGAUUAAUCUUUGUUGGCCAGAAAUAAAUGAACCGGUUUUUGAAACGCGCACUUGUUUUCCUAAAAGUUACUACAUUAAUACGAAUAAAGAGAGACUUCUUCUGGCAUAUGCGGAAAAUUUUAGACGUCAGUUUCAGUUUCACUAUAAGUCCAGAAGACCGCUAUUUUUACAAGCACCCAAUGAAUGUGGUCUGCAGAAAAUGGUAUGUACUACGAUCAGGCCGACAAAAUUAUGCUUUUCUGACACAACGUCAUGGCAGGGAUUAUCAUCAUUUGUUUCUGAUUAUUUCGAUUAUGAGCCGCUACAGAAGCCGAUGUUGGUCCCGGAACGCCUAAUAUCACCGUACACAGCUAUCGUAAGACGCAGCGGGAAUCCGUUUGAACUCGCCCACGUACUGGUCUCCUGGUUGAUCGGUGCAGGUUACGAUGCCUACGUCGUGGUCGGCUGUGCGAAACGAGACGUCUGCAUGGCCAUACGAUAUAGAACCGUUUGUCCGGAAGUACCUGAUGAAUCUGAGGUCGUCGAAGAAGUUCCAUCGUCGGACGAGGAACCUCGUUACCGUCUCGUUCCGUUGCCGGACCUCACGUCGAAAUACUGCAAGGAGAUGGAUCGAAAGGAAGCCGAGAAGCAGCAAGCAGAAUUGAACAAAUUAGAGAACGAGAGAUUGAAGAAAAUUGCGGAAUUAGAAAAACCUCCCCCAGACGACAUAGAUGGAUGGCGCACUCACGCCUGGGUGCUCGUGCUACCAGGGUUUAAGGGAGUCGAAGAGCCCUUUUUUAUUGAGCCCAGUGAAGGCAAUGGAUAUCCUAUAAGUGCGCCCCAAUACCAGCAGCUAGACAGUGUUUAUAAUCAUGAGAAUUAUUAUGUCAAUCUCCAAAGCUGUACAGAAGGACUCGGUUCGCUCAAUUACGACCUCAGUGAUCUUACAUGUUGGGAGCAUUUGCUUGCCGGCGAGCCCUUCCACAGGCGGCAGUUAAUCGGAAUCGACUGCGCUGAUAAGAAAACAGCCUUCGACACUGAAAAACAUCUAGACGUACCUACAAGUUGGGUUGAAAAACUCGAUAUAACAGCCGAUGAGUACGAGCGAAGGUAUCCCGGUAGCCAUAAAGUUAUCCGUUAUAAGAAGGUUUUAUUGGAAAAAUUUGCACCAUACUCCGAGAGAGAUGGCGUUAUCAAAAGAAUAAUAAUAUACGAAGACUACGCUCUAUCUAAUCCGCUACUAACAUACGAAUGGUACAAAAACAGGGUGGACAAAAUGCUAACAGUCAAAAUUGACCAUCUAAAGCGGGAAAUUAGAGAAAUAUUUGGAAUUGGGAGAAAAGACCACCUUUUAAAGCAUAUAUACUCAAUCGAUGCUCCAGCUACGUCAGUGGAAGGCGAACGAACACUGGAGUUCAACUACUACGCCCGCCUCGAUCAUCUCACUAAGCUCGUCUGCACUUCCCUCACCUUCGACGAAUACUACACUGAUAGGGAAGACAGGCUCGAGACUCGCUUCAUAACAUUUACAGAAGGCAAUAAAUUUGAUCCAAAAAGACAAGUUAAAGAUAUAAUUGAAUCAUAUAGUAGAAAUCCCGACAUCCCCUCGAAGGAUGAUAUCUGGAAGAAAAUAUUUCACACUCAAGAGAAUACAAUAGAAAUUCUAUACCAUUAUGCAUCUAACUUCGUCACUAAUAACAAGCGAUUUUUUAUUAAGCCGAAUUUGGCAGAAACUGGAGGUAAAAUUUUGUUCUACCCGGACAAGACGACUGGAUAUAUUGCAGAUCCAUGUUCGAAACCACCUCGUCCACUGGACAUAUACUACGCUCUGUGUGACAAUAUGGACAGCGAACAUUAUUCACGGAAACAUAUACGAGAUCGUGAGUCCGACAUCACGGGCUACCUCAAGCAACGGCAAUCUGAGCUUAUGGAGCCGGUACUCUUCGUGGGCCUGUUUGAUACCGAGAGGAAUGACGCCGCUAAGAAAGGUUGGCAAGAACAGGAAGCUCAAAAGGCCGAAGUGACGGAAAGGGAGAAGGAUGCUGAAAUAGAUCCCCUCGCGCCGUACCUCGCGCGCAUGUUCGGCUCGGGACAUGGCGCGGGCGCGCUCACCGUCAAGGAGGCGACCCUCGUCAGGGAGCAAUGCAUCAACGACUUCCGAGCCAAGCAGCUGGCCAGGCAAAACCUCGUCCAGGAGAGAUUUGAUAAGCUUAACGCGGAAUAUAAGAACAAAAGAUUAUGGUAUUUAGCGAAUCAAUUUAUUCUCACGCCUGAAAAGGAAAGUGCGUACUUUGCUUUGAGUGCUGAACUAGCUUUCCAAGUGCAUACCUUAGAAGUUCGUCUAACGAGACAUAGGGAUCUGUCCAGUCCAAGGUUCAAAGCCCUGGAAGACUACUUGGAUAAACAUCCACUACUCAAGGAGUUCAAUCGACUGCGACACUAUUACCGUAUGAAAUGA